GACACUUUGUCGAUCUAAACUCUACCUACCCAUCUCCAUUUUCUCCAUUCUUUUGGCUCCCGCUUCACAAUCGGCAACGGUACCUCUAAGCUGCUGCCAAAGGCACCUGACUGAAGGGUUCUGGACGGUGUUGAAGUUUAUCACUCUGGGGAGCCUACUGCCUACAGGUACCUACUACAUACUAACUACCUCUAGGUAUCUUGCUCAGACACCUCCUGCAGGCGGUACCUACUACCUUACCCAGGCAAAUUGAAGUGUACCUUAUCCAAGAUUCCUGGACUCGCAGGCGCCGAAUCGCGUGCUGUGUGUGACAGGGAGUGGCAGAGUGCACCGUCCGGGCAACCUUGACGGCGCUGCUGCCAGUACCUAGGUACCUAGGUAUUUCCCAGGAUAGCAGAGGUAACAACGCUCGGGGGGAAAACAAAAAAGAAAAGAAAAGAGACGAAUCCCAACUCGAAUCUUGGAAGCGCCGCAGCGCGAAACGAAAGAACGAACGACUAGCAGGCGACCAGACGUUAACACUCCUUAUGCUUUUUCACCGCAGACGACGACGACCCCGAUCUCAGUUCAGAAACAAUCCUUGACCCUGCCCCCCCCAUUCCUGUCCCCCAUACACACGCCGGGGCCGACACCGACAUCGACUCGGAACUCGAUACUGUCCUCUUCGUCGCCAGCUACAACAACAGCAGCAGCAGAUAGUACUGGACGCCGUCGCGAGCUAGAAUCAGGCUGCCCACUGGUGCCACCGCAAUGGAGGCCGACUCACCAUCGGCUCCUCCGACUGCGGGCACCCUCAAAACAACAACACAAACCCCACGACUUCGACAGCAAAAACCCUUGCGACGAAACCGAUCAGAUUCCACUCCCACCCCGACAUCUUCGACCCUUCUGGCCACCAGGUCUUUGCGCGAUCUGCGAUUUCGCAGACCUUCACAAAAGCUAUCAAAAGAUGGAGGGAAGACAAUGCCCAUGUACGCCUCGACGGGCCCAGAACGACUGAAGACGCCCAAGUCGCGACCCCCUAUACCAGGCACAGGCUCAGGAACACCCAAACCGUUGCUCCCAGUUUCGGAGCGCAAAUCAAACGACACCACCAGUCCUAUCAGCACAUGGCGGAAAUAUGGGCAGGGGAGUCGCGAUUUCGACAUUACCCCAGAUGGAGGCUCUGCAGGACGCGAAGGAAGACACUUUGCCGUAGCGAAUGUCGGGCACAAUGGGCGCAUUUACCUGAGGCCAACUAUUCGCCCGGCUAACCAGCGCUACCCGCAACCGCCCUUCGUAUUUCCCAUGACACCGCCCGAUACAGCUGGUCUGGAGCACUCAUCUUCAGAAAAGGACGAUACUUUUGGAGAAAGUACCAAAAUGUUCGACAACCAAUGGGCUCAAACACCAGACCUCCCUACCCCGCCUAUCACGAGGCGCGACUACCUGGGGAGUCUUAGAAGGCCAGGACACCGCCGAGCCGCAUCUGAUUCGACCCUUGCCGACGGAAAUGUGGUUCGCGAACCCGAAACUGGAGGCUUCAAGGUCAUUAUUACCCAACCCAGCGAAGGCACGCGACCCAGGACUGUUGAGGAUACGGACAUGACCAGCUCGCCAUUGCUGGAAGUAGCCAUACCGUCCUGGAGGAUAGGCACCCCCAGAUUCAGCAUUCGAGGAACGCCCUGUAUCCGAGGGUCAUCUUAUGCUCCGACCGAAGAGAUACUCUCAAGUAGCGCCUCCGUUGAGGACCGUCGUAUCAACAGCACCAUGGCAAAUUGUUCGGCGACUCCAGGCACAGGCCCCAUUCAUGGUAUGGAUUUUGCUAUUAGCGACCACCGUAUCUCGGACAAUCCUGUCUCGUCAACGUCUCCUGCUUCUGAUCGGCCGCUGCGCUCCACCCACAUGUCGACUCACCUCGUGAUUGAGCCCGCCAUGUUUGACGAGCUGACCUUCAAACCUGCCUGCGAUGAUCGACUUAUUGUUAGGUAUUCGCCAAAUACCGGUGCCGUGACUGCCGCUACGCCGCCUCGUCUGGUUGCAGAGAUCACCUCGCCCUCCUUUCUGGAUUAUGACCUCGUGUCUGACUUCUUCCUCACGUAUCGACAGUUUCUCGAUUCUCACGACUUGCUUUCCAUGCUGUUCGCGCGCCUUCGAUGGGCUUUGGCAAGAGAGGGUGACUUGGGGACGGUGGUGCGUGUUCGUACUUUUGUAGCCCUCCGACACUGGAUUCUCAACUACUUCAUGGACGAUUUCGUGGUCGACUACGACUUGCGCGUUUCUUUCUGUAACCUCUUGAACGAUGUGGUCGACGAGUGGGCUGAGGUAUCCAAGGCGCACAAGAUAGAGAUGAAGACUCUACCUGAGCUCAAGAAGUGCUGGAGGAGAAUCUGUUCGCAAUUCUGGGAUGGGCCUGACUUCGACGCUUCCUUGGCAGCCGAUAUUCCCAUCACCCCAGGAGGUAUCGCAGGCCAUCGUGACCCAAACUUGACUCCCAGCUUCUGGGUCAAAUACGACAAAGGUCCGCCCCAGUUGGACGAGCUAAAUGUCCCGACGACCCCUCGCGGACCAACGAGCUUCUACGCUGAGAUCGCGAAGGCUGGACAUAUCGACUCCAUUAUUGUGGGUGAAAGGCCAGGGACUCCCGAAAACCCAGAGAUCGAUGAACCUCAGAGGAAUCAGGCCUCGCCAACCAGCGUCACAAGCGUCGAGGUUGUAUCGUGCUCAUUCCCGAUUAAGAGUUCGCGACAUACGCAAGUAGCAUCCAACCGUCCGUUGACUGCUCACCCAGCGGACCCCAGCUCCGUAUACAAUACCACCGAAGGCAUAGCGACUACUCCUCGCUCCCUUACAGGCAAACGUGUCCGACCUCAGCACUCUUCGCACAAGCGGAACAACAGCUUGAGUGAUUCUCUUCAUGAUCACGCCACUUUGACGGAAAGGGUUUUGUACAAAAAUGCCGAGUUCCUUUUGACGCUGCCAUAUGCGGGAAGCCUUAUCCAAGGUAACAUCUUUCCGCCUGGGCAAGCCUUUGUUGAGGUACGUCCAAAUAGUGCCAUGGGCGACCCUUCCGGCCAGACCACUGUCUUUCAACCGGUAGAGGUGCGGAAGGAUAAGUUCAUAGGGUCGGCCAUGUCCAGCCAUGGAAUGAAGAAGCUGCUUGGAAGCGUCCGGCGCGCGUUGAGCCACAAGACGUCAACACAUCCAUCCAAUCAAACAAUGUUGGCCAACAUCUCGCCCAUCGGGCCAGAGGGCGCAACAACGAACCGGCCUCCAGGGACAGCAGUCGUACCGCAAUCAAAAGCUCGCCAGAACGGAGUCCGACCACCUGUGCGUAUUGAUCUGCUCGGCGCUGGAGUCGCGGAGGACUUUAAGAAAGCGAUACGCGAAGAUGCUGCUGUGGAAGCCGAAAAACUCGAAUACGCUGUUCCUCCGGCAACUGGAAACGAAGAAGCCAAAAGUCACGGGAACGCGAUGGAAUAUUCGGCUGCACACAUGGACACGGCGUUUAACCUUCGCAGUGUUGAAGAUGUACAACAUAGGAGCGAUAUGGGGAUAUCAUCUGGCAGCGACUCGAUUGUCAUUGUCGAUGGUACCACCCUUCAACCUGUAAUGUCCGGAGCGUUGCCAGCUGCCAGUUCAUCGGCAUCAUUUUCGCAUUCGUUCAUCCCAAUCACUGCGGAUCCAACGCCACCAAAUACGCCGCCAGAUCUACAACAGGGAACACCAAGAACGUCUUCAUACAUCCUGGGCCAACAAGUCCUUCGCAACUCGGUCUCGACCAAUCAGGCGUCGCCGAUUAUACUUGACUCUACUCCUAGAGAAGGGGAAGACCUCCCAUCAGACGAUUUCGGUCAGCCAUCUAUUGAUCAUGUCAUGCAAGACUUUGAUCAGACCCCCCGGAGCGGGCUGCAUGGGCACUUCAGAAAUCUUUCAAGCAGAUCACAGCAUUCAACUUGGUCGGCAAGGCAUGGACGAUUCGCGUCAUAUACUAGCGAUAUUAUGCCACAGCCAACCGUUAGGAGCUUCGAUGCUACGACAUAUUCGGAGGAGUCCGUGGCUGAUGACUCGUCCCAAGUCCUCAUUCCGCAGCCGCUUCGAAUUCUAAGAAGGAGGCCAGGAGGUGACCUUCGUGCUGUGACCAAUGUUGGCGAUCUGGAUCAUCCACCGCUGAGAACAUCCCGCUCGGUCGGAUCCCUGACAACGUACACUGACUCGUUCGCAAGUUCGUUCAUACGAAGUCCAGCCCAUCAAGACUCCAGUAGCUUCGUGGAUGUUAACAAUCGGCCAGAAAUGUUUUCUCUCGGAGCACUCGCUGAGCAAAACCCGAAAAAACGUCAUCUGUCCCUCUUCAGCACUCAUUCAUCGAAGCCGGUGAUGCGCCCAUCAUUCGAGGCUGAGGCGAUCAAAUUGGCGCAGAUUCCUGACGAUGAAGAGGAUGGCGGUGUCGAGGCCGCACUUCUCAAGUUGGAAGGAAAAUACGAAAGAAAGUCAACUAUUCGCUUGUCCAUGGACCUACCUAAAUUCAAGGCCGAACAGAAUACCAAUCCCCUUCCGACGCAGCCUGAGGAGGUCACAGGAGAGGAGAGGAUGGAACAACGACACAUACGCGCUGCCGGGAAGAAUAUCUAUAUGCCACCUUCACCUACGACACCUGCACCAAUGGAUAUAGCUGACAGCUAUCUGGACGUCACUCCCCGUCAGCACCGGAUUACCAAUGCCGAAUCCUUCAUUUCUGCUACUUCCAGGGACUCCUACAAUUCGAGCCCUCUGCUGGAGCAGGAAAUGAUGGAUAAUUAUGGUGUCAACCAGGAUACCCUGCAAUCAUGGACCGAUCGUUCCAUCCUGCAGCCUCCUUCCUCUGAUGAGCAGAGUGUACAAAGCUCCCAACACCCUUCUAUAGCUUCGUUUGACUUUGUGGAGAAAGCGGACAGCAUGGAGCCCGUCAAGGUUGACGACGCAAUACCCACUGCAGAGCCAGAACAGUCUUUCCUGACAUUGGAAAGUGAAGAUGACACAGACCUGUCUUCGGAAAUGUCUGCAGAACCAUUCGAUGCGAGUGUUGACGACUACGGAGUCAUUACCCCUUCGGCCGUUGGUGUUGCCAUCUCGACAGAGCCCGCACAUUCCCUGGCUGAAAAUCAAUUCGGCCCCAACCCGCCCUCCCCACCCACAAUCAUGAUUCAAGCACUUCAGAUGCUUCCGGAUAUGGCCAAAGGUUCCGCAUCCCAGCAGCAGGGAGGAUGGCACACGAAGCCUUUGCCACCAACGCCCGAUACUACUCCGACCACAACAGCUGCUCCUUAUGGCCAGUAUCAACAUUCCUUUCCCGUACAGCCAACUGCUUCGAAGGGCACGCCUCGUGAUAAACGCCAGCUUGAUGUACCCUCGCCCUUGCCCGAAGCUAGCGAUGUUACCGAAGCGUCCGAUAGCAGACUCUCGGCCCAUUUGCCUUUCAUUCUGGCAUUCGACAGCGAGAUCUUAGCUCAGCAGUUUACACUGAUCGAGAAAGAUGCGCUGAACGAAAUCGACUGGAGAGAACUGAUUGACAUGAGGUGGAAGAAUGCUGAGCAGAAGGGCUGUGACGCGCGCAGCUGGGUUUCAUUUUUGAGGGAUACGGAUGCGCAUGGCGUCGAGGUUGUGAUUGCCCGUUUCAAUAUCAUGGUGAAAUGGGCCAUUUCCGAGAUUGUCCUAACUCGCGACAUCGAGGAAAGGGCUCGUUGCAUCAUCAAGCUCAUCCACAUCGCAGCACAUUGUCGACGCUUCCGCAACUUUGCAACCAUGGCACAGUUGACCAUUGCGCUGAUGAGCAAUGAGAUUGGCCGUCUAAACAAGACAUGGGCGAUGGUUCCCUCCAGCGACCAGCGAACAAUGCAAGAGUUGGAGACGUUGAUGUCGCCUACGAGGAAUUUUUAUAACCUGCGCAAAGAGAUGGAGGGCGGUGAUUCGAAGACGGCUGAUGAGGGAUGUAUUCCCUUUGUGGGAAUUUACACACACGACCUCCUCUUCAACGCCCAGCGACCGAGCGAGAUUGCGAGCUCUCCCACCACUGCACCUUUGGUGAACUUUGAGCGUUGCAGGAUCGCGGCCGGGGUGGUCAAGACGCUGCUGAGGCUUCUCGAAGCGAGCAACCGGUACUCUUUCCAGCCUAUUGAGGGCAUUACUGAGCGCUGCUUGUGGAUGGGCGCUUUGGAUGAUGACGAGAUUCGAAGGCUGGGUGAGAGCUUGGAGUGAAAAUGGACUCUUGUUUACGGCUGAUACCCUGUUACCGAUCCAUACCACCAGCCACAAUGCCUCUCGUCAUUUGUUUCGCCUACAACGACCGGACGGUUCCUUUCCUACAUUAUUUUGUUUUGAUUAUAUCUCGCGUUUGUUUUGGACCUCCUAACUAAGCGUAUGCAUCAUCGCAUUUAUACCCCUGUACAAGCAAUUAAACUGUUUCCCAUCAUAUCACAACCAUCAUACCCUACCUACCUUCCAUUUCCUAGUACAACAACUACAUCAUACCCAUUAAACCAUGUCAUACCAAGCCAUAAUCAUAACUGUCUCAUUACUGUCGGGUUUUCUCAUCGCCGACAACAUCAUCGUCUUAACCAGAGCCGCUACUACCUCUACUAUUUUCUUGUUGCAUAUUUAUAUUCGAAUUGGUUGUAUUUUUACUCAUGUUUUCUUUAUUUUCAUCGCUGAUCUGGAUGCACGGGUGCUCAUCGUCAUCUGGGCCGCACGAGGGCCUUGUUGCGGACAGCAUAUCAUUAUCUUGAGCGUGUAGCACAUGUGAAUAAGGGAAGGAAAGAAGGAUCAAAUGAACUGAAAGACCAAUAGAUAUGAACUGAAAUGUGUGGUUUGGGCGGUAUGUGGUGGGUGGUCCUAGCCUGAUCAAUUUUCGGUUCUUUCCUCUUUUGUUUCACGCUUUUGGUACUCUAGCGAGUUGAGUUAUAGCGGAAUGAAUCAAGAAUGGAAGGAGAUAUCAUAGGUUUUAUACCCCGUAUUCUUUUUCUUUAUCUCCGGUGCGUUUUUUUUUUACCCCGUUGGAUGCAAGGAAAAGGAAAAAGAUGAGCAGAGGAUUCAAUUGGGAGGAUAGUUAGGAAAGUUACGAGAGAUACCAGGUAAAGGUAGCGAGCGGAUGAUAACACCUGGCGAAGAAGAAUAAAUGUGGAUGCGAAGUGAUA